AAUGGCAGAUCAUCGCCAGCUUCACGUGGUGAUGUUCCCUUGGCUUGCACAUGGCCAUAUAACACCCUACCUAGACCUAGCCAAGGGCCUCCUCUCUCAUGGCCUCAGAAUUUCCUUCCUCUCCACUCCGCUUAACAUUGCACGGAUAAAAAAGCAGAUAGUGCCUGGAAUUGAGCUGGUGGAGCUCCCAUUACCAUCUGUGGAUGGCCUGCCCUCAGGCGUCGAGUCCACCGCAGGUUUAUCAGAGAUAGGAAGAACAGACUUAGUGCCGCUGCUCGUCCAAGCGAUAGAUCUUUGCGAGGAGCCCUUAGGAGCUCUCCUGAAACUGCUUUCCCCAAAUUUUGUCAUACAUGAUCCGUUAUUGUACUGGAUUCCUCGGGUUGCCAAGAAAAAGGGCAUUCCCACUAUAAAUCUCAUGGUGGUUAACAUGGCUGCCAUGAGUUUCACAAUAGGGCAGCUCAGGCAGGGACUGCCCGAAAUCCCAACAGCCGAGGAUCUGACUGUACCGCCACCCGAAUUUCCCUCAUUGGGCGUCCGCCGCCGAAUUUUUGAAACCCGGAAGGAUCUGCCGUUGUAUCAAAACAAGCGGCAUAACAUUUGUGAUGACCUCGCCUUCAUGGACCGCCUUUCCCUGUCUGUGGAGGAAAGCUGGGCAACGGCUUGCAAUACUUGCCGAGAGUUGGAUGGGAAAUUUGUGGACUAUUUUCAAAGAAUCACCGGGCGGUUAAUGUUUCCCGUGGGGAUUUCCAUGCCCAGCCUGCCGCUGCGGCCUGAUGCAGACCGUUGCUUGGACUGGCUGGACAAGCAGCCUGCUCGUUCUGUGGUGUUUGCGUCCUUCGGCAGUGAAUGCGUUUUCACCGCCCAAGAGCUCGGUGCUCUCGUGUUAGGCUUGGACGAAUGUAAAAUUUCGUUCUUGUGUGUUCUUCUUGGCAAUGCGGCAGCUGAGUUACACCAAGGCUUUGAGGAUCACACCCAUGGCAGAGGACUCGUCAUUACAGAGUGGGCGCCUCAGUUGCAUAUCUUGAACCAUCCUUCCACUGGAGCAUUUCUUUCACAUUGUGGGUGGAAUUCUGUAACUGAAGGCCUGAGGUUUGGACAGCCUUUUGUUGCUCUUCCAAUCCAGUACGAGCAGGGCAUAACUGCAAGACUAAUUGCUGAGGAUUUGAAGUUAGGAGUGGAGGUGAGAAGAAACGAGGAGGAUGGUUCUUUCACUAAGGAGGACGUAGCUAAAGCUGUAAGAGCUGUGAUGGUGGAGGAAGAAGGCAAGCGGAUCAAAUCCAAUGUUGAGGAAAUUAGUAGGGUGCUGACCAGUAACGAUUGCCAAGUCCGUCGAACAAACAUCCGCAACUUUGUCUCUGCUCUCAAGGACAAAGCCUCCAGCAAACAAACUGUCUGAUAAAUAUGUCUACGUUUAUAUCUAUAUCCAUAUUUAUAUUUCUAGGUGUUUGUGUUAUUGUAUUCCUUUUAGUGCUUUCAAAUGGUUUAACUGUUUGUUGGACUAUUAAGGUUUACUCUAAUAAAGUCACCUUAGUGACUUGCAAUUUUUCAUUAGUUUAUUAAUGUUUUUAUUGAAUAAUUAGUUACUUUCUUGUAGGUUGGUUAUUCAAGAAGUUAUAUUGGAGAGGUUUUGAUAAAGCUAUAAUGUAAUACAUUGAAAAUCAACUUUCAAUAAUAUCAUUGUUAUUUUAUAUUUAAAA